CCAUCAGCUGAUGACGGUAUAUAAUGUCAACCAUGGCUUUAGCAGGAAGUGCAUCUGAUGUUUAGCUGGAACAUGAGGAGAACAAACUGUGUUAUGAGGAAUUUCUGGAACAUCAAACGAAGCAUUUGACGAUAGAAAACAACAGUGGGAGAUGGACGGUUAUAAAAGAGGACAGCCGUGGGGAAAGCUGGUCAAAGUGAACUCCAGUGAGACUGUCCUGCUCGUCAACAGGGAGUGCACAGUCGGCAGAAAGAAAGGAUGUUAUUUAUCCUUUCCAGCUAACAAACUGGUGUCAGGGGAGCACUGCAAGAUUGUGCAAGAUGAAAGCUCAGGGUCAGCGUGGCUGGAGGACAUGAGCACUAAUGGCACAGUGAUCAACAUGUCCAAACUGGUCAAGAAGCAAACUCACAUGCUGCAAAAUGGUGAUGUCAUCUACUUUGUGUACAGGAAAAGUGAACCAGAACAGAAUGUCGCCUAUGUUUACCACUCAAUGAAACCAGAGCAAACCACUACGGAACAUAGUUAUGACACAGAGAAGUCAGCCCACAGUUCAGCUCCCUUCCCACCAUCAGAGUCAGAGAUGUCCCUCUCUGUGGAGCCUGUGAUGCUCUCAAAGGCUCCUCAAGAUUCAACCCCAGAAGAGCCUCAGCCCUCCACCUCCUCUUCCCUGUUCUGUAUCGGGAGCCCUACCACUCCUGGUGCCUGUCCUGCUUCAGGAAAAGUUAAUGAUGCUGCCCAAGCAGUGGACAAAGAUGAGGACAGCAUGGAACCAGAAAGCAAGAGGAGGAAAACUGAUGAAGAUUAUGAUGCAGGCUUACCACACACCUCCAGUGCAGAAGUGUCCACUUCAACAGAGAAAAGACUUUUGCCUAAACCUCCAAGGGAAGGAGCAAAGACGGACAAGAUGGAGGAGAGCCUGACGUGUGUGAUCUGUCAGGACCUUUUGCACGACUGUGUCAGCUUGCAGCCCUGCAUGCACGUCUUCUGUGCUGCUUGCUACUCAGGCUGGAUGGAGCGUUCAACACUUUGCCCCACCUGCCGCUGCCCUGUGGAGAGGAUUCGGAAGAACCACAUCCUCAACAACCUGGUGGAGGCCUACCUCCUUCAGCACCCAGAGAAGUCCCGCAGUGAGGAGGAUCUGAAGAGUAUGGACAGCCGUAACAAGAUAACUCAGGACAUGUUGCAGCCAAAAGUUGAGCGUUGUUUCUCAGAUGAGGAGGGCAGCUCAGACUUCCUGUUCGAGCUCUCUGAUAACGACAGUGACUCCUCAGAUAUUGGUCCGCCUCUGGUGAUGUGCAGACAGUGUCCAGGCUACAUGAGGGACGUCAGUCAGGUGCUGUUUGCUGCAGGUUCAAACUACUGGCUCCCUGGUCUACCUGCUCCACUGCACGUCCCUCCUCCACCCAAACCGACAAGUGAAGAGGAGUCUGAAAAACCUACAGGGGAGCAGCCCUCAACAUCCUCUGAUGUCCCCUCAGCUCCGCAGGAAUACCGCUGCCCCCCUCAGGGCCUCCAUCUCAUCUGCACCUGCUGCCUCCAGCCAAUGCCGGAGAGACGGGCUGAGCUGAACAGCCAGCAGGUUGUUGCUCAACAAUGUGUUCUGUGCCUGCGACCGUUCUGUCACAUGUACUGGGGUUGUGAGAGGAUUGGCUGUCAGGGCUGUCUGGCCCGAUUCAGUGAUCUCAAUCUGACAGACAAAUGCUUGGACGGUGUGCUGAACAACAACAACUAUGAAUCAGAGGUCCUCCAGAACUACUUGACCUCCAGAGGGAAGUCAUGGAGAGAUCUGCAGCAGGAGUCUCUGCAGAGCUUACAGCAAGGACAGUUUCAUCUGACAGAUAGUCGCGUCUCUGCUAACACCAUCCUGUGCUUUGGCUGUGGCCUGAGAGCCUUCAAGGAGCUGGCCUACAAAUACAGACAGAACAUCCUUUCAUCUGAACUACCAGCUACUGUCACGUCUCGUCCGGACUGUUACUGGGGACGUAACUGUCGCACACAGGUGAAGGCACAUCACGCAAUGAAAUUCAACCACAUUUGUGAGCAGACACGCUUCAAGAGCUGAGGGAGCUGAGUGCUUUGUUUCUUCACAAAGUGUCAAACUGAGAGUCUUCGGGCACAAACUCAACUUUUCUUGUGUCCACUGUCGAGAACGGGCUUCCAGGUGUCAUGCAAUAACCUAAUGCAGAAUUUACAAUCAAUAUCCAUUUACAGUAGAGUCCAGUGUCUUGCUCGACCCUGGGCUGUGUGAAUAAUGCUAUGCACAUUUUCAUUAUAUUUUCAUGUUUACCAACAGUUGAGCUGCUAUUCAGAGUUUAGACCUUUUGGGGCAUCGACACCAGCCUCUGUUUAAAUUUACAAACAUUUUGAUGCCGGCUCAUGCACGCCUGAAGUUUACCAGGCGUUAAAACUCUAACUUUUAGAGUUAGUAGCUGUCAAUGCUUUCUGAUAUGUCCUCCAGCCUAAGUAAAGAAAACAAAUAUAUAUGUGAGAUCUAGUGUUGCAGCCUGUGUGUACAUUUACACACAUGUUGUAGGUUUGUUUAUAUUAUUUCCUCCCUAAACCUUUGUAAUUGAGGCGUAAAAUACCUGCUGUUUAUUUACUUUAUUGUUGUGCUAUAAUGUUAAGUGUUAGGUAAGUAAAGGAUCCAUGGCUUCCUACAGUAGAGGGCUAAUCAUGACGUCACAGUUUAACAGCUGUAGGACUGUUUUGGGCCAACACACAAUUAGUUUCAAAGAUCCAAACUCCAAAAAGUAUUGCAGAGCGUAAAUAUCUCUCCUCUGGGGGACUUUCUUGUUUCAGCAGGGUAUUACUUAAUCUCCAGACGGGGGCAAAAAGCCACGUCAAAGCUUGUGCAUACAUACUCUGGUAGAUUAAUAAUCCCUUGUGAUAUUUGUAUAGGAUUUGGAAGGGGAUCAAUGUGUUGUAACCCUGUCAGAGGGCACGGGUGGCCCUCUGUUGUAUGCUUUGCUCAGGAUAAUCGUCUCAAAAGGUGAUUAUAGUGCAGAAGGAACCCUUUCUUAGGACCUUGUAGUCGAGGUAAGCUGUGAUGAAAUGCAGUUACUCAUGUAAGGUUUCCAGAGGAGUAAAGCACUCCAGGAAACCUGUAGUAGUUGAUUAAGCUGAAGGUGAUGGUGCUUUCAGUGACACUGGCCCAUAGCUGGAGUCUGCAUGAGCAAAGUGUGCUUGGACAACUAACAGUUUAGAGCACUGUGCCAACACAUCUCAACAGCACUCUCAUGUUCAAUGUUAUUAUACAUGUUAUAGAGAAUUUGAUAGAGUUUUAUCCAGAUGUUUUGAAGAUAUUAGUUGGAUAGCACGUUUAAGCGUUAGAUUAUUUUGGAUCCUCAGGUACACCAAUCUGCUGCAUUGUUCUACGCAGCAGGUAAACCAUGUUUGGUGGUUCAACAGUUCUGUCGACAUGCAAAAGCUCUCAUGUUGAAUCUGAUGUCUUCUCGUGUUUGACUAUCAUAACCUAAAGUCUCCCUAUCAUGCAAAAAUGCACAGCUGGAAUUGAUGUCUACUGAAAGAAGUGACAAAUCAGACAUUUUUUGUAUCUAUAUUAAGCCCAGUCAACAUAAAGACAUUGGUUUAAAGAGGCCUUAUAUGUACAGAAAUACAAGGAUGAAGGAACAGACUGGACUUAAGACCACUGUCGCUAGUUUCAAACAGAAGCUGGAGGGGAAGAAUAAGAAAAAAGGAAAUGUACAACACUUAACUUGCAUCCGCUACAUUUGCAUGAUGAUCUUAUGCAGAGGCUGGGCUUGUUUUGCUUUUUGUGUUUAGUUUUUCUGCUCCUUGUUCAGGAGAAUUUGUGCUGAAGAAUAUAAGUAUUUGCUAGAUGUGUCUAUAUUGUACAACCAUGAGGGUAUUUGCACAGAAAUUUUGUCACACAAAUGGAAAGGCAUUUUUUUUAGGUCUGGAAAGUGAUGGUAUGAACCAAACGUGCUUGAAGAGCAGUCUUUACUCAUAACGUGAGACGUCCGUACUCUGGAUUGUUGUCUCAUUCCAAAAUGGGACACAUCAUUACAGAGAAAUAUGCAUUGGAGGGAAAAUACAACUUUUUGAAAUGUAUAUCCUUGAUAGUUUACAUGCUAAAUCUUAGAGAAUUAUGUACUUUUAAAAUAUAUAUAUAUAUUAUUAGUACCAUGAGCCAUUGUAACUGUGGACACAGUAUGUUUUAUAGUAUAGCUCUUCAUAUUUUCAUUGUAGGUGAAAUGGGUUUGUGAAUGGGCACUUUCCUGGCCUUGCUCAGAGCUCCUGAGUUAAUUUGUGGUGUUAGUAAGGAAGUUUAGGUGUGUUUUUAUUUUUUUAUUUGUAUCCCUUGAGUCACGGUGGGUCCACACUGGCAUUCCUUAGCAGCUCAGGCACUCAGCACAAACCCAGUCGAUCCCCCGACGGUGUGGCUGAGUUUUCAUUAUUCCCCACCGGAGAUCUGGGCAACAUAAGCCAACAACAGUCCCGAGCCGCUCCAAUCAGGAAUUGGUAUUAGAGAGGCUUUGGUUGAGUGCUUUGCAUUCUCCCUGAUGUGUGUAUGGGGAGGGGGGGUAUGUUGUAUACUAAGGAAAAUAUUUACUCACUUUGUGUGCAAGAGUCUGGACCAGGCUGCUCAGCAGUAUGGAAGAGGCAGGUUUGAUUCUACCUCAUCUCAGCUCCCAGGACGACGGGAGACUGAACAGGCAUCAGAGUUACGUACACGUCAGUAAUGCAUCGCUCAGUUAGGGAUGGGAGUCCCCACUGAUGCCUGUAAACAUUGUCUGCAAUGCACUAUUUGAACAGUUAGUCUAGACUAUAAACAACUUGUAGUUAAAUCUCUAAAGUAGCGUUAGACACAUGUUAUGAUGUUGAGAAAAUGUUUCAGAGUUUGAUAAAUGCCUCUCUUUCUCUGUAUGUUGACCUGUAUGUUGUAUUAGCAAUGCUACAAUUGAAGAUGUAAAAACAGAAUCACCGUUACAUCUGUUUGCUUGUUUAUCAUAACAAAUUAAAAGACUGAUAUAGACAAA